AUGGCACGGCUUCGGGCUGUUUGUUGCGGUAAGCUGUUGUUUUCUGCGACUUACUCUGCCUGCUUCAGUUUCUGGGUACGAUCUGGUCUGCCUACAGUGCGGACAAAAUGUUACCGAUGGGGGGUCUGCAGAAUCGAUGCAGCCUGGUUGCCUAUCCUGUCGGCUUGCUAUAUGUAUACUUUUUAUCCCUUUAUACGGGGGCGUGAACUCACCCCAUGCUUUUCCCCACCCAGUCUUUCCUCCUUUCGCCCUGCAUGAAUCUCACCCAUUAUUUUGCCGUGCCAAUGUAGUCUUAAACCUCUUAUGUGUUGCAUAUUUUGAAAAAAAUCUCAUGAUCAGCCGGCCACUUUUUGGACAUUUCUUUCGGACUACCAAAUUACGGCUUGUCAGCCGCUGGCUCCAGUGUUUGAGAUUACGUCAAGUCUGCCGUCGUGUCUGCCUCUCUUGCGGGCUCCAUAUUUCGCUGUCAACGAUCCAAACGCUUAGCAGUCCAACUCUCCUCACAGGGUCUUUUUGCGUCUGGGGUUUAUCCAAAUUCAAGUUAUUAAAUACUGUUCUGGAAUAGACUUUAGAUAGCCCUCUUACGUCCGUUUAAUUCUAUCCCCCCUUCCAAUCGAGGUUACGGUAGGGGCUUCCAUGCUCAGAUCGUUUUCAUAGCUAUUUGCAUUAUUUGACAUCUUUUUUGUUGGCCUUUAUAGGUCAUUGCCUUGGUAAAAACGCCACAAUGAAGACGACUCCUGACAGUGAUUGUGUGACACAUUCGUGAAGAACGUGGUUGAACUGUGGAUCUCUUCGUGUAGGACCUAUGAAGGACAGCUUCGGCAGCUCAACCGUAGUAUCCGGCGGCGUCCGCCGUGUGCCCGCAACAUGGCAGGCGCAGGGACGGUGUCUUACGUGUCAGUUAGUUUACCGCGGUAGUCUACUUUCGCAGUACCUAUCGCACUAUUUCUUCCCUCACCCUCCUGGGCCCGGUGUUGAGAGAGGGAGCAAGGAAGACCGGAGGCAGGAUCGUAAUCGUGACAAGUGCUUGUGAAGAUUAAAACAAAAGAGGUUCUCUUAUCUCAGGCGGCCCAAGAGACCUAGACGCUUGGUCGGCGCUACCAAAUCCAAGCCAUUGGUAGACAACAGCCAAUUAGAGUAUCUGUAUUAGCAUCGGGACUUCAAAAUAGGUUAGUUAGGCUAUCCCCUGAAACAGGACUAAUGCAGUUUUGCUGGACCCAGAAGCAUCAGUCGAUGACCUCUCGAUUUCCCCUAAAGGGGCGACUUGUGUUUUCAAUAGGUUCUCAUUCCAGUUCUGUGCCGCCGGACCUCCAUGAUUUUCAGUCAAGAAGCAUAGAUAUCAUGGUCUACAAAUGUCGGUAAGGGUCCACCUACUUCCACACUUGUGCAUUUUUGCCAUCUCUCCUAAACUGUAGGUGGCUAGCCUUUUCCUCUGUAGUCGACCGUAAUCGGAGAGUUCAAUGCGUUGACGAUGGGCAUGCUAAUUUUUUUGUCGAAUGGUAGUAAGAAACCAGUUUUUCACAUGUCACGAAUGCGAAUUCGACACAAAAUUUAAAAAAUGGACAUUCCGGGCGAAAUAGCGACUCCCUAGCAUGAAUACGCAAAAGUUGACGGUACACUCAAGAUUCAGAAGAGUUGGAUGGCCCACUGAGUGUUAAGUUCGGUGCUUCGGCGAUCACGAGCGACGACGUCCAUCGCUGCUCCGUGCGGUGGGCGCAGGUGCGACUUGCGCUGCGUCCGUCUCAUUCUCCAAACACCCACCGUCUUCCGAUGGCGAGAUGACCGAAGGUGGGUGUAGACGCAGUGGCUGAUACAGUCAGACAGCCCAUCUACGUAUGUCACACGAGAGCUUCUCCCGAUCCGCACACGUAGCAGGCUUCAUUUACGGAUCUUACGUCGUUGAGAGUGUCCUGAAGGCUACGUUAGGCAGGAGCCAUGUACCAGUCGACCAUCCGAGUCUGUCGACAAAUUGAUGAUGAGGUUGGUGUGGCUUGAGAGCCUCCGCCUACUGCAUGCGAUACGCAUGUGUGACAGUAGUUAAGGCGGCGCGGAGUUUGGACAGCCAGUAUGGUCUCCGUUCUGGUUCAAAUACACACUUGCAGUUCUGCCCAUCCAGGGGCUGUGUUUGUGUGUGUGUGCCUGUAGUGUGUGGUGUAGGGGUGUCCAGCGGUGGGUUCACGUGAUGGUCGUGGUGGUCGCUCACUUGCUCGCAGGUGAGACUACGCCUAGCGUCCAUUUGCUGGCACCUAACUCUCACCUGUGGCUCCACGUAGCUGAGCUCUGCUCAGCGGCCACACCCCGGGCAACCGUCUCGACCGGCGGGCUAAACCAGGUGAGGGUAUCCGUGCGUGCACCUGCACACGCGGUACUGUGGUCUUCGCUGGCCGGAUGGAUCUUCGCGUCGACAUCGUCGAGACGAGGCUCUGCCUGGACCAUCGCAGGAGGCCACCAGGUAAGUUCCCCCUCAGGUAAGUGCAUUUGCUCUGUUUCUUCCUUUUGUCUGCUGAAGUUCCGUGUCGUAUGCUGCUCUUGCUGCCCGCCCCUGUAUGCUAGUCUGUCUGCUAAUAGCUAGACGAAACCCUCGCUGCCUGCUGCGUUUGUCUGUCCGUCAGUCUAUGCCACUACUAACAGCUAGGUGUUACGGUGCUUGACUUUGUGUGGUGCCCUCACUUUGUCUCUGACUGAUGACUGUGUCUGUUUGUCCACUCUAGCUAGCUGUAAGUCCCAUAGCGUUAGGUAGUGUGUAUGCUCUCUCCUACUCACUCCAUCACAUCACCACCACCACCAAGGUCCCAGGCUAAUUCGGGUCGUUCUCUCACUAACAAAAAGUCGUGGCCCAUAGUGGAGUCCGGCAGCCGUCUGGGAUAACCGGGCAGCCCUGUUCAGGGAUGCGUUGCCUGCCCCCGCGAGGGGGAGGGGGCUAGAAAAGGUGCCCUAAAGAUCGCUGGGAACCACGCUGUCUGUAGGCUGGCCGUGGCCGCAGACAAAAAACACGGUCGAAACAGCCAAAACCGAAACAACAACAACAACAACAACAACAACAACAACAACAAUCACUCUCUUCCUCUUCCAGCCUAUUCUUCUUCUUCUCCUACUCCUACUUUUCGCCGCCGCAGUCGCCAGACUGGCAGGGUGAGCCCGCUCACUCUGGCAGCCUGGAAUGUUCGUUCCCUUUUAGACAAUCCGAGGAGCAACCGACCGGAACGGAGGACGGCGCUAGUGGCACGAGAACUGGCGCGCUAAAAGGUGGACAUCGCCGCACUCAGCGAGACCCGAUUCUCCGAACAAGGCCAACUGGAGGAGGUGGGUCCCGGUUACACCUUCUUCUGGAGUGGUCGACCCAAGGCAGAGCGACGAGACGCGGGCGUCGCCUUCGCUAUCCGGAACGACAUCGUGGGACGACCGCCCUGUUUGCCGCAGGGAAUCAACGAUCGCCUGAUGAGCUUCCGUCUGCCUCUCCGAGGUGGGGGCAAAUUCGCCACCAUCAUCAGCGCCUACGCUCCGCCGAUGAGCAGCCCCGAUGCCGCCGCAAGAGACAAGUUCUACGAGGACCUGAACGCCCUCUUGGCGACUGUGUCGAAGGCGGACGAGUUGUUUGUCCUUGGUGACUUCAACGCCCGCGUCGGCACAGACCAUACUGCCUGGAGAGGAGUGCUGGGUCCCCACGGUCUCCGCGGCUCCAACGACAACGGCCUGCUUCUCCUCCGCACCUGCGCAGAACAUCGCCUCAUCCUGACGAACACGUUCUUCUGUCUCCCGGAGCGAGAGCAGGCCACCUGGAGGCAUCCUCGGUCGCGUCAGUGGCACCUGCUGGACUAUGUCCUCGUCCGGAGGCGAGAUCAGCGGGACGUGCUGGUGGCGAAGGUGAUCGCGGGUGCUGACGGGUGGACCGACCAUCGCCUCGUCAUCUUGAAGAUGCGUAUUCGCCUACAGCCUCGCAGGAGACCACAAGGUAAGCGACCCCCAGGUAAGCUGAAUGUUGCCUUGUUGUCUUUGCCCGCUCACCAUCUUCAUCUCAGCAAUGAGCUGGCUCAACGGCUAGACAACCUCCCCAUCGCCGCCGACGCCGCCGCUGCCGAGAACGCCUCCGUGGAGAACCGCUGGUGUCAACUGCGAGACACGGUCCAGGCGACGGCGCUCGCCGUCCUCGGUCGCGCUCCCCGCCAACACCAGGACUGGUUCGACGACAACGACGCCGCCAUCAGAAAUCUGCUUGCUGAGAAGAACCGCCUACACAAAGCCUACGUAGAUCACCCCACUGAGGACAACAAAGCUGCCUUCUAUCGCAGUCGCCGCCAGCUUCAGCAACGACUGCGCGAGAUGCAGGACGCCUGGACUGCUUGCAAAGCUGAGGAGAUCCAAGGCUACGCGGACCGCAACGAAUGGAAGAACUUCUUCUCUGCGAUCAAAGCUGUCUACGGUCCGCCGACGAAGGGCACUGCUCCUCUCCUCAGCGCCGACGGCAGCACUCUCCUGACUGAGAAGACGCAAAUCCUACAGCGAUGGGCCGAGCAUUUCCGAGGCGUCCUCAACCGCCCUUCCGCCAUCUCUGACACCGCCAUCGAGCGUUUGCCGCAAGUGGAGACCAACGCGGACCUCGACCUCCCGCCAUCUCUCCAGGAAACCAUCAGGGAGGUGCAGCAGCUCUCCAGCGGGAAAGCACCCGGAUCGGACGCGAUCCCUGCUGAGGUCUACAAGCACGGAGGUCCCCAACUAAUGGAUCACCUGACUGCGCUCUUCCAGGAGAUGUGGCGUCAAGGUGAAGUCCCGCAAGAUUUCAUGGGCGCAACCAUCGUGCAUCUCUACAAGCGAAAAGGGAACCGCCAAGUCUGUGACAAUCACCGUGGCAUCUCCUUGCUGAACAUCGUCGGGAAGAUCUUCGCUCGCAUCCUUCUCAACCGCCUCAAUAACCACCUGGAACAGGGCCUUCUGCCGGAAAGCCAAUGUAGUUUCCGUCGUCAUCGUGGGACAACGGAUAUGAUCUUCGCCGCCCGUCAACUACGGGAGAAGUGCCAGGAGAUGCGGACCCACCUGUACUCUACCUUCGUGGACCUGACGAAAGCCUUCGACACGGUGAAUCGUGAAGGACUGUGGAAGAUCAUGCAGAAAUUCGGCUGUCCGGAGCGAUUCACUCAGAUGGUGCGUCAGCUGCACGACGGUAUGAUGGCGCGAGUCACGGACAACGGAGCUGUCUCAGAGGCAUUCGCAGUGACCAACGGAGUGAAGCAGGGAUGCGUGCUGGCACCAACCCUCUUCAGUCGUAUGUUCACUGCCAUGCUGAUGGACGCCUACCGCGACGAACGCCCCGGGAUCCGCAUCGCCUACAGGACGGACGGUCAUCUCCUGAAUCCACGGCGCAUGAACUUCCAAUCGCGCGUAUCCACAACUACCGUGCACGAACUCCUCUUCGCCGACGACUGCGCCCUGAACACCACCUCCGAAGCGGAGAUGCAACGCAGCAUGGACCUAUUCUCCGCCGCCUGCGAGAACUUCGGUCUGGUCAUUAACACGCAGAAGACGGUGGUGAUUCACCAACCUCCGCCCAACUCAGCCAUAGCCCCCAACGCGCCGCCGCAAAUCAGCGUGAAUGGGACCCAACUGCAAGUGGUAGAUAACUUCCCGUACCUGGGAAGUACUCUCUCCCGCAACACCAAGAUCGACGACGAAGUCGCCAACAGGAUCUCGAAAGCCAGUCAAGCCUUCGGACGCCUCCAAAGCACAGUUUGGAAUCGCCACGGUCUCCAACUGAGCACAAAGCUGAAGAUGUGCAAGGCCGUCAUCCUGCCGACGUUACUGUACGGAGCAGAGACAUGGACGGUGUACACGAGGCAGCACGUCGACUGA